AAAAUAUUUCAACCGAUAAACAAUAACAACAAUAAUGGAACAACAAGCUGAAGAACAAGUGAUAAUUAAAUUAUAUCUUUCCAAAGAACAUAUUAGAAGAUUUACAAUUCCAAAGAUCGCAUCUUAUGAAGAUUUAAAGAGUAGAAUUAUUCAAUUCUAUGAUGAAGUUGGUCAGACAAUUAACCCAUCCGAAGAUUUAGAUUUACAAUAUUGUGACGAUGAUAAUGAAUGGACUGUGUUGAGAAAUGAAGAUGAUUGGUAUUGUUGUAAGGCAAUUUGUCCAACAAAUAUUAAAAUCAGAAAGCCUUCAAUGUGGAUGAAAGCACAAUUUACUUACAAGUCAGGGCAACAAGCUGUUAUUCAAUCUUUCAACAAGGAAAAGAAAUAUUUGGUAGAAAAGAGCAAGCAAAUCUUCUCUCAAGUUAAUGAAGAAUUCCAAAAAUUGAGUUCAAAUCAAGAAGUUAAAAAGCUUGAAAGUACUAUGUCACAUGCUGUUAAUGACUUUAUUGAAACUGUCACACCAUUAUUACAAACAGCCACAAAUACCACUUGUGAAUUCAUUUCAUCAGUUGAAAACUCACUGAAAACUAGUGCUUCCUCAAGUGAACCUCAAUUGAUCAGAACUGAUGAUGUAGUUGAGGAACCAAUUGAUGAAGAAGAAGAGCAAUUAAUUGCUCAACAAACUGUACAACCAACCGUUCAAGGUGAUACUAUGGAAAAAUCAGGAUAUGUCUGGGUUUUAGCUGAUAAUGAAAAGACUCAAGUCGUUGCUCAACAACAAGCUGAACCUGUUGUUGAAACACCAGUUGUUGAAGAACCUGCUGUUAUUGAAACACCAGAAGUUGUUGAACCAGUUGCUGAAGAACAACCUGCUGCUGUUGUUGAAACUAUUCCUGAACCAGUUGUUGAAACACCAGUUCAAUUCGCUGAACAAAUGAAGAUGUUAAGCUUAAUGGGUUUCACUGAUGUCCAAAAGAAUAUUGAAUUAUUGACCAAACACAAUGGAAACCUUUCACUCGUUGUUGAUGCCUUAUUAGCUAUGUAAAUAUUCGUGUAAAAAAACAAUAAAUAUUUAUUCAAUUAAAUC